GUGGAGUAAAAUACAUCUACAGUCAUUGAACUUGUCUCAGAUUCUCAGAACGGUCACUGUAGUUAGAAAAGUGAAAAAUACGGUCACUCAAUACUCUUCCCUGGGUCAGUACGGUCACCGCGCGCAUUAGUCUACGUUUGACGCUGAUGUGGUAUACAUUUGCCUGGCUUGACUAGACUUUCGUGAGACACAGCACCAACUCGUGGGUUUCUCUGCAAAAGGACCAGAACGUGACGGUAUUAACGCAGUUACCAGUUACGUCCCACCCUCUCCUCACGAAUCGGAUCGUUCAAGAGGAAAUCAAGGCGGAGUCACCGGUGUGCCUGCUGCAGCCGUGAUCAUCGACAGGCGAUCUUGUUUCCGGAAAAAGCCUGCACAUCUCUCUCGACGACGAGCGAUGUGGCCUGUUCGUCGGCCGGACGGUGACCCUCCGCCUACAUACGGUUUAGAUAGCGAAAUCUUCAGUGUUCAGUUGAACCAUGGCGGUUACUUCCUUGGUAAUGGAGAUAAAAGAGCAUAUGUUGGUGGGAGCUCUGUUUGGUAUGAUUAUUGUGAGAAGGCUAGUUGGUCAGCAGAUUCAGUGCACAAUCUGGUUGAAAAUCUAGGAUAUGAAUCUGAAGGGAGGAUCAAGAUUUAUUUCUGUUUGCCAGGAUGGUCUGUCAACACGAAGGGCUUACUUGAGAUUAGAGGUGAUUUUCAGAGUGACAAGAUGAUAGCAGCAGUCAACUCUGGCCAUCAGUUUCUAGGAAUUUAUCUUGACCAUGAUGACAGCAUUACAGGAGACAUUUGGGAUGAUAUAGCUGAGUUCCCUGUAGCAGAUGUGCCGCCAGUUAUUAGUCCGGCGAAACAAAAAAGACAUGUGAAUGUUGAUUUCAAGCCAAUUCAUAUGGUUUCGCCCGACACACAACCUGAAGCGAAGAAGACAAAAAGAGAGUUAGCGAUAGAGGAAGCCAAUGAGAAAGACGACGACACUUCAGUUAACUCCGAAGAUUCAGAUUAUGAACCUGAGAUCAUAGAUAGUGACAAUGAUGUUAGUGAUGAAGAUUUUGAUCGGAAAGAAGAUAUCAUUGAUGAGGAAGAGGAUUACAAAGGCAAAAAUGUACAUAUUGGUAACAAUUCUGAUGACGAUCUUGAUCUACCAGAUUCGGAUGAAGAGUCCAUAAGGUAUAAUUUCAAGACAUUCAGAGCUGAAGACAUGCAUAAGCCAACUUUCCAGUCAGGGCAGGUGUUUGGGAGCGUUGAGUUGCUCAGAAAAGCUAUUAGAGAGUACAGCUGUCAAAACAGGGUGGACAUCAAAUUACCAAUCAAUGACAGGCAGAGGCUUUGUGCUAAGUGUGAGUCUGGUUGUCCUUGGUAUUUGUGGGCAUCAACAGACACCAGAACCAAGUGUUUUCAGAUCAAGAGGUUUCAUGGCGAGCAUACCUGUAGCAAGAAGUGGAAAGUCAGAGCAUUUACCUCUGUUUUCUUAGCAGAAAAGUAUGUGGAAGCAUUUAGAGCUGAUGAAGAUAUGAACAUGAAAAACUUCUCCAGGAUUGUUCAGAAGGAUUGGAAUAUGGGACCUAGCAGGUCCAAAUUACAGAGAGCAAGGAGGUUAGCAUUAAAAGUUGUGUACGGGGAUGAGAUUGCACAAUACAAGUUGCUUUGGGACUUUGGACACGAGCUAAGAAGGAACAAUCCUGGAAGUACAUUCUUGCUUUCAGUAGAUGAGAUGUCAAGGUUCAAAAAAUGCUAUAUGUGUGUCGAUGCUUGCAAAAGAGGUUUCUUGAAGGGAUGUAGGCCAGUAAUAUGUCUAGAUGGCACCCAUAUCAAGACCAAGUAUGGAGGGCAGUUGUUGACAGCAGUUGGAAUGGACCCGAAUGAUUGCAUAUACCCUAUUGCAGUAGCUAUUGUUGAGGUUGAAAAUACUGAAACAUGGACUUGGUUUCUUAAUACUCUUAAGCAAGAUCUUGGAAUUGGGAGCAACACUUAUCCAUGGACCAUAAUGUCUGAUAAACAAAAGGGCCUAAUAAAAGCGGUUCGAGAACUUUUUCCUAACUCGGAACAUAGGUUCUGUGUUAGGCAUAUGUGGCAAAACUUUCAGCAGCAAUUUAGAGGAGAUGUAUUGAAGAAUCAGCUCUGGAAGUGUGCUAGAAGCAACACAGUUGUGGACUGGGAAUUAAACAUGGAGGAGAUGAAAACAAUCAAUGAACAAGCACAUGCUUGGUUGGAGGAGCUGCCACCAAAUACAUGGGUGAGGGCAUUUCAAAGUGACUUCCCCAAAUGUGACAUAUUGCUCAACAAUAUUAGUGAAGUGUUCAACAAGUACAUUCUAGAAGCAAGAGAAUUACCUGUGAUAUCAAUGUUAGAUAGGAUUUUGUCACAACUUCAAACUAGAGUGUACAACAAGAAUAAGGAAUCAGUGAAAUGGCCUGGGCCAAUAUGUCCAAAAAUAAAGAAGAAAGUUGAGAAGUUUGCUGAAUUGGCAAGCAUCUGCUAUGUCACACCAGCUGGGGAAGGGAUUUUCAAAGUGGACAGCCAAGGUAGAGCAUACAUUGUGGAUCUGAUGACACAAACGUGUACCUGCAGAAGGUGGGAUAUUAGUGGCAUCCCAUGUCACCAUUCAAUAGCUUGCUUUAGGCAUGAAAAAAUCACACCUGAGGAUAUGGUCAGCCCUUGGUAUUCUAUUGAUUCUUUCAAAAGGGCAUACUCUAAUAUAAUUAGGCCAUGCAGAGAUAGGAGGGAGUGGCAGAAAACUUAUGGAAUUAAUGUAGAUCCACCAGCAUAUGACAAGAAGGUUGGAAGGCCAUCAAAGAAUAGGAGGAAGGCACCUCAUGAACUGGAACAUCACAUGGGAGGAAAAAAGAUGUCACGCCAUGGUGUUAUCAUGCACUGCAGCUAUUGUGGUGGGCCUGGACACAACAUAGGUGGUUGCAAUGAUAAAAAGAAUGGCAUGCCACCAAAGCAAUAUGUCAGCAAGAAGAAAAAAGAAGUUGUUAGGCUCCUUCCUGAUUCAUCUGAUGAAGAUGAGCCUGUGAUCACUCAGGAUCACAACAUGGAAUGUCAAUUUGGGUUGAACAAUGAAGAUCAUGUUAGCAUUGGGACAACAAUGCUUGAUGAGAUGCUCCUGCAGAGACCUAUUCGUGCGGAGCCACAACUUGAGCCACUGCCUGAAUCAUCUUUUAUUGCAGCUGCUCGGGAAAAAGCUAGUCAGGUCGGUUGCACUUCAAAACAACCAAGGCAGGGAGAUUUGGCAAGAGAGGUAGAAGCUAUGAAGCAAGCUAAGAACAAUGCAGCUGCUGAGAAGAAGGAAGCUGCAAUGCAAGCGAGGAUUAGGAAAGAAGAAGAUGCGUUAGCACUAAAAGCCCAAAUCGCAAAGUUAAAAGCAGAGGAGUCACACCAGAAGAAGAUGUUGGCUGCAGAGAAGAAAAAGGAAGAACAAGCUGCAAAGAGAGAAGAGGCUGCAAGGCAGAAGGAAGCAAAGAGAGUUGCAGCUAUUGAGAAGAAAGGUAAGCAAGCAGAAGCAAAGAAGAGAGCAGCUGAAGAGAAAAGGGCUAUGAAGGAAGCAAUGAUGGCAUCAAAAAAAUCAAACAAAGUUUCAAUGUUCGAUGAGUUCAGGUGAUUGGUUCAUCUAGUUUGUGUUUCAUGUCACUUCAACUAGGUUGGAACUAUGUUGGUUCGUGAAGUGUCAGUUGAACUAUCUCAGUUUGUUUUUGUGUCAGUUCAACUAUAUCAGUGUGUUUCCUAUUUCGACUUAUGUUUAAGCUCUGAACAUGUCAUUUUUGCUUUUGCUAAACAUUAAGUGGUUAACGUCUCAGUUAAACUAUGAAGAUUUAA